AUGGCAUCCCACGAGAAGUCAACAGAGGAUUCGCAGAAAUAUGUGGCCAUUGAUGAUCAACCGCUGAAUUUAGUGUGCAGGGAAGUUUUCCUAUCUGGAAAUCAAUCCCUCAACUCGGACGCCCAUUCCCAAACUGCUAAAAGACGUGCAACAACUCGACCUGAAUUCUCUGAACGAUUCUCCAAUCCAUCCAACCCUAGGGAGACGAAAUCUAAACCCUUUAUGUGCUCUGGAUGCGGGCAUAGAUCCAACUGGAAGUGGGAUGUCAACAAGCACAUCGAAUUAGCCCAUCCAAAUCGAACUGGUCUUCAAAUUAUUACUCUAUCAGAGGAGGAGGCAUUGCGAACUCUUCCUGAAUAUAUUGAAAAGAUGAGAUUGUAUGGAAGGAAUGGAAGACCUAAGGAUGACCCUAAUUCUGAAACACAUUGUCGGGAAGGUUAUGCGCGAAGAUUCCUUUGCCCUGCUUGUGGCCACAGAAGUAACUGGAGAUGGGAUGUAAAGAAACACAUGACGAAUAUCCAUGGACGGGAAUAUAGUGUGUAUGAGUUGAGUGUCGAUCUUGCCCUCAGAACCCUGAAAGACUAUCUGGAACGUAAGAAAAGAGGCCAGCCUGUCGUUGUCCAAGAUUCUGAAGGACUUUCGAAUAUUCCAUCAACAUCUGCUCAAGCUUAUGCGUCUGACAAUUCACCUGAAGGCUGUUCUCCAGAGAAUAAUCGAAUCGCUGAAAGUAUUGGAGACAACCAAUCGGUUAAGGAUGAGGAUGUUGGAAAUGUUUCGGGUAGCGGUAUUACUCCCUGCCCAAUUUGUCGAGCUGUCUUUCCUUGUGUUGAACCUCUCUUAGUUCACAUGGGGAUAAUCCACCUGUGUACUCUGGAAUCCGCUGGAACUUCCAUUCCGUCAGCUAGUCCUUCCAAUUCAAUGCCCCUUGAACUUCAAACAGAACUCGGACGAGAGAAUAUCAGUCCUCAUUCAAGCAUACCCUUAAGGUCUAUUGAGGAUCAGGCUCUCUCAGAGAACAUACCCGUUGGAUCCAAACGAGCUUUCCCUGAUUCUCAGCCUGAAGAGGCUCUCCGUUUAACUCCAGAUUCAAAUACUUCCUCUGGAUCAUUUAUUCCAAUAAACCGUCCACGAAUUCGAGCUCGACGUUCUCAACUUGCUUCCUCGGCAACUCAGACCCAAAGCUCAGCUCCUCUCACAACGUUGGAUAAUAUGAUUCCUAUUGAGCAAUCCAAUCCAGGCGAUGCAUCCGUGUGUCAACUUGCUGAUCUCUUAAAACGAACAACAGAUUUCCUUUCUGCUCUUCUUCGUGCACCUAAUCUCGAUUCACAGCCUGAAAAUCAUCCUUCCCACACUGAUGAAAAUAGCCCAUCAUCCUCACAGGAUCGUAGAGAACAUUUGGCUUCUCUGCUUAUGCAUCCACAAGUACAGAGACUCACCGACCAACUGCUGCCCCUGCUUCAAAAAGUUAAAGAACGUGUUGAAAAUACAGAUGACCGAAGAUUAAAUGCCCAAGCUGGACAAUAG